GAUUCACCCAAAAACAGCUGACUGACGCCCAAGACUUCGCGAAUUAAACUAAAAACUCCCAAUAAAAUGCAUUUAUAUAUAGAAAUUAAAUAAGAUAAUUAACAUAAAGUUCAUGCGCCGCGUGUUCACAUCGGUCAACGCCCAAAUAAUGUCGAAGAACAAGGGGAAAUCAAAGACCACCGGUGAAAAAGCUAAAACCGAUGAGAAAUCCACGCCGGCUAAGGAAACCAGCCCGAUUACAGUGGACAAGAGCGGCAAUAUAUGCAUACAAAUUCUGGCCAAGCCGGGUGCCAAGCAGAAUGGUAUCACCGGAAUCGGCCUCGAGGGCGUGGGCGUCCAAAUAGCCGCGCCACCCAGCGAGGGAGAAGCCAACGCGGAACUGGUCAAGUUCCUGUCCAAAGUUCUCGGCCUGCGAAAAAGCGACGUUUCCCUGGACAAGGGAUCCCGAUCCCGCAACAAGAUUAUACUGAUCAGCAAGGGAGUGUCCACAGUGGAGGCCAUUGAACAGCUGCUCCGCAAAGAAUCCGAUUCAUAGAUGACACCUUUCCCCCAAUAAAUACUCAUCCGUAAUUUGAAUUUUAAAACA